GUAAAAUAACCUUCUUUCUGCCUAAGAAAAGAACUUUAAAAAGUUUGAAUAGUAAUGCUUUGAAUAAAUCUCCCUCUCUGCAUUUCUUCCUUCAACAUUUAUCGUACUCUGUGCCCCCAAUCCCCAUUAUCCUCUCUCUAUCAUAUAUACAGCUCAUAACGCUACGGAGAGAGGGUUUAAUAUAUAUUGGUUAAAGCAUAAAAAAUGGGGGCAUACAGAGCAGACGACGAUUAUGAUUACUUGUUCAAGGUAGUUCUAAUCGGUGAUUCCGGUGUUGGAAAAUCGAACCUACUGUCCAGAUUCAGUCGCAAUGAGUUCAGCCUGGAGUCAAAGUCCACCAUCGGCGUUGAGUUCGCCACUCGUAGCAUCCGCGUCGAGGAUAAGGUCGUUAAGGCUCAGAUUUGGGACACCGCCGGCCAGGAACGAAAGCAGUAGGUGUUGACGCACCUGCUGCACUAUACUGUGGCAGCUCCUGGUCAUCACUGUGGUUAAGUUUGUGGAUCUCAAAUGCCAUAUUCAAAUAUGAGAAAUACUUUUCUUAUUUGCA